AAUUACUUAUUCGGUUGAAGACGAUCGGUUCCGACUUUGGUUAGCGUUGAGACAGCACAGGUCAACAUAUUGCGACUAGUGGACGUCUGAAGGUAUAGAGUGAUGAGCUUAUAGGCCUAUCUAGCCUCAGCAUCGCUGGACUGUGGACAGCGGAUCGAAAACAAAGGAUUUGACCAACAGACAUUUAAGUAUAAAUUUACAUUGAUUGACGCAUGUAUGCAUGGCUAACUUUAAGCCUAGAGUCCUUGUUCUAGGACAUAGUUUCAUUCGGAGGUUGUUUAAUUCCGUCCAGCAUGGUGCUUUUGAGGAAAAUUUCGGUUUAAACCAGUGUGUUGUCAGCGGUAGAGGAUAUGGCGGAGGCACGGUAAGGGGUGUACGCUCUGCGUGUGUUGCAUUAUUGGGCGACCUUCAACCACAUGCAGUUAUCUUACAAAUCGGUGGCAAUGACUUAUGCGAUAGAAAUAUUUCUCCAGACAAUUUAGCCUAUGAUAUUUUUAAUUUCGCCAACGAACUUUUGUCCCACGGCAGUUUAGUUGUUUAUGUUUGUGAACUUUUCCCUCGGCCAGCACCCCGUGGGGUGCCUCCACAAGUGUACGAGGCCAGGCGGACAGCUGUAAACAAAGGCUUACACGUGGUACUGUUAGGACAGGACAGAAUUGUGUUGUGGCCGCAUAAGCGGAUAUUUAAUAGCCCUCUCAAUCUGUACUUAAGAGACGGUUGUCAUCUCAAUGAGAUCGGAACUAGGAAGUUCUACAGGAGCGUUCGUUUGGGAAUUAUACAUGCAUGUGAACAUGUUAACAAGCUAACUGUUGUCAACAGGGACUUGUCAGCUUAACUCAACUGAUGGCAGAAUUAGGUAAACUUUGUUAUAAUAUCAUGUUCACUACUUCUACUCUUAUUAAAAAGUUGUUCGCUAGUUGUGUAAUUCCCCUGAUAGAGCUUAAUGCAUUGAUUAUAUGCAAAAUAUAUUAUUUUGAAAUGGUUAUUUCCAUAUCCACAUAUGAGGUGACUGAUGUGGGAGUCUGGUUAGAUCAUAUCACAGGUUCAACAUGUACAGAUUAGAAAAGAUAGUCGGACACAUUUAAAGGUGAUGUUAGCUGAGAGUGGCUAUGGGAACCUUUAUGCUGGAGUUUAAUUUUGUGGCAAUAGUGGCACAAUGAGCAUAUCUUUUCCCCCAACAUUAGUUGCAUAUAUACUGUUUGGGCACAAUCACAGCUGUUGCCAUUCCUUACUUUGACAUGAGUAAUGGUAUAUUAAUAAUACAGGUUUUGAUUUCAAGUUUUCUUUGCACAUUAAACAUAGGUAUUUAUUUUACAUCCUCGUCUUUUAGCGGAAGGAUAGAUGCUUUUAUCCUUUAAUGAUAGGGUACAGGUAUGUUUUCUUAUGUAUAUAAGUUAUUAUGGACACGGGAAAAUAAAUGUGUAUAAAUGCUAAUUCAUUUAGGCAAACAGGUUGUUCGCUCUAUAUUUAAUAUUGGCACUUGGUUUACGCCCAACUUUAAUUUAUUGGGGUGGGAUAUUUAUGUAUUAGGCAUAAUAUAUAUAUCCUGCUUUAGGUAUUUUGUUUUGCCCCAACUUUCAUGGGGUCAGAUAUUUACUAUGUAUACUGGAGUUUUAACAUUUGGUUUGCCCUGACUCCCAUAUAUGCUGUAGCAUAUAUAUUAUAGUUAAAAUAUACCUUGGUUUAUGCAUUAUGUUAUGCCCCGACUUUCAUGGGGUAGGAUAUUCACCAUGUAUAUUUCAUGGUUUUGAACAUUUUGAUUUGCCCCGACUUUCAUGGGGUAGGAUACAUGUAUAUUGUUUUUAAUACAUAUAUCCUGGUUAUGCUUUUGUUUUGCCCCGACUUACAUGGGGCAGGAUACAUGUAUAUGUAUUUAUUAAAAUAUAUCCUGAUUAGGCUUUGUUUUGCCCCAAUUUUCAUGGGGUAAGAGAUGUAUUGGCUAUAACUAUGGUUUUACAUUUGUUGGCUCAGUCGUUCAUGGGUAGGAUGUUUAUUACAUAUAUAUAGAUACCCAUGUAUACAAUAUAUAUCAUGGAUUUGAACAUUUUGUUUUGCCCCGACUUUCAUGGGGUAGGAUCUAUAAUGGUUUUCGUAUAUCCUUGUUUACAUAUUCUGUUUUGCCCUGAACUUCAGGGACUAUGAUUGUGUGUAAGAUGGCCAUGGACUCUAUAUGUAUAUUGGGAAUUGGAAAGUAUUGUUUAUUUUCCCCCAUUAUUUGGUAUAGCCAUUAUGAACCAUUUACUCGUUGAUCAGGUGAUGUACAUUUUGUAUGUUGGCUAUACUAAUAUACGUAAUAUAUAUAUAUAUAUAUAUAUAUAUAAUACGAUGGGUAUAUAAUCCAUCUUUUAUCAUUCUUUCACACAAAGGAAACUUACAAGUGAAAGUUACAGUCCAUAUCACUGUUCAAGUGGAGAUAUAUGGAUGGAAGCCCAUAUAUUGUAUAGGUAAUAGUUUGUCAAAAUGUUGUUCCUCAUCAUUUCAGCUUGCAUUCAGAUGGGACCGGCAAGGAAAAGGCCUGCUUCAAAGGGACCCCAGCAAAAACCCAAAAGGCGGUCCAAAAAUUACAGCGAGGUCCAUACACCAGGGACCAAUAACAAUGAGGGUCCAUCACCAGGGACUGGGGCCAGUGUACUCCCCACAUCAGGGACCAAUUCCGAUGUGCACCCCACACCAGGGGGAAGUGCCAGUGAACGCCCCACACCGGGGACCAGUACCCAGGAACACCACACACCACUAGAAACCAGUACUACACCGGUACCAGGGACCAGUAAUUGUGUGAGCCCAGCCCUUAACAUUGAUGAACUAACUGCAACUAUCACUAGUAAGGUGCUAUCCGCAGUGCUGGCAGGUCUUCAGGCGCAAGGUCUACCAGUCGGCACAAAUAGACAGCAUGAACUACGACAAGGACCAACUGCUGUAGGGCCUGUCACUAGACCUUCGGCGGCUAUGGGAGCCCCUCAUCAGGAACCAGCAAGAAUUCAGGACAGUGUAGUGCCUGGUCCAUCAGGAAACAUAUCCUUUGGACAGUCCUUGCCAGUAGCAGGUACAAACCUUUCGCAAGCUAGCCCCAUAUGCCAAGAAAAAGCCAAUGGGAUUGCCGCAGGAAUUCCUGCCAGUCAGCUUCUUCCACACCUUGAAAGACUUUUGACGGCAUCUCUGGCGCCUUCUAGUAAAAGCACAUACAAGAAAGCUUGGACUGUAUUUGCCAAUUUUGCAAGUCAGUAUGGGUUUCGGCCAUUUACGGAGGGCAUUUCACCUCUUCAUAUGGCUUUGUUUGUAGCAUAUCUACAUAAGCAAGACUCUUCCCCGAAAACCAUUUCCACAUACUUGUCUGCGGUUACUUAUGUUUAUAAAUUAUUGUAUAACAUGGACCCUGCAGAUUCGUUUCUGGUCAAGAAGCUGGUUUCUGGAGCUUAUCGACUAACACCUACGGUCGAUAUGCGUUUGCCUAUAACGGUUCCAAUACUAAACCGUCUGGUUGCAGCUUUAGAUCAGCUGUCAGAAAAUCAGUUUGAGAUGGCAUUAUUCAAGGCAAUGUUCCUGUUUGCUUUCAAUGCUUUGACUCGAGUGGGUGAAAUAGCUGGUCCAUUAGGAUCGGUAAAUUUAGUUACCUUUGAAAAUGUUUCAUUUGUAGAAUCUCAGGGCACCACUAGGGUGCAGGUUCGCUUCUACAAUUUUAAACAUAAUGCUGAUCACAGUUGCCACACUGUUGUCUUUGGUCAUGGACCUACAACGACAUCUGCAGUGGGGGCUCUCUCGGCAUAUUUACAGUUUAGAUCUGUAAGGAAUGGCCCUUUGUUUUGUCUUCUCAAUGGGCAAUCAAUUUCCAGGUCUUAUUUUGACAGUAAACUCCACGCCUGUCUAGCAUUUUGCCAAUUGAGUUCAUCCUUUUACAAAGGACAUAGUUUCCGCAUAGGAGCAGCUACAUUUGCUGCUGAAAAUGGUUUGUCUGAUGCCCACAUUCGCUCUUUGGGGAGAUGGAAGUCCAAUGCUUUUAGAAAAUAUAUCCGCAUAACGUCACCUUAGUUUGAAAUCUGAAAAGAUCUUCAGUUGUGGUAUAUCAACACAUUUUAUUGUUGAUUGAAAACGUUCAUGUAAUACGUGUCAAUUUGAACUUUUAAAUCAUGAUUUAGAGCACUUGCUUGAGCCGGUGUAUCAAAUCAGCAGAUUUAUGUGACUUGUAUUGCAGACUUUUGUCCGUUUGCAGUCCUUUAAUAUUUCACAUAUUGUACGUUAUGCAAUAAACUUAUAUUUGUAUUUGAUUUACAAUGUAAUCAUUGCCUACAUGAUGUCACUUGCUUGAGCCGGUGACGUUCUUGAUCGUGUAAUAUAAUUUCAAUUCUUUUUAUGUAAUAUUAGCAACAUUAUGAAGUUGUAGACACCUGCUUGAGCUGGUACUUCCUUUUCAAUUUCACAUUGUAUGUGAUCUGUUUCACUUUGUUAAUAUAUAGGGGUUGCCGAUAUAAAAAACAGUUCGUUCGGCAGGUUCUGUAUAGUUUACAAGAAGCCAUCAGCCUCAGCCAGAGAGUUUGCUUUAUGUAAUGACACGGCUAAGAUGAUAUAUAUAUUUAUAUAUAUAUAUACUGUAUAUAUCUAUAAAGGACGUAGAAGUACAUGCAGAUGACUUGUUUAAAGUGUUUUAAGUCUAACAUCCAUAGCUAUUAUAUAUGUGACACUUGCUUGAGCUGGUGCUCUCCAAAAAUUUAGUUCAACCAUACUGCUUCACAGGCAUAUUACAUGUACAUAUUCUCAUGGGAAGACAAUUGUUAUGUUUUCACAUUUACGAUUAUUUUGCUUCUGACUUGAGGAGAAACUUGGUGUUGACAGGAUAAUAUUUUAUAGUUACUAUUGGAGUCGUAUUGUGGUCAGCUUUGUUGGAGAUUGUUGGGAGAUGUGCGCUUUAAUGCAAAUGAAUGGCACUUAAUUAUCUCCCCAUUUUAUACUCUCCAUGUCUAAGAUGUGUAACUCAUCAUUGUUUGAAGCUGUUGUUUUAAUUAAUGUAGAUACAAAAGGUUAGUUAUAUGGAUCUCAGGACAUAUCAUGAUCAGCUGGUAGUUGAUAUCUAGUUGGUUGUACUAGGCUGGUGGGGGGUUGCAGCCCCCGGAAGUUUUUAUGAGUUUACAUAACAUACAGUAUAUGGAAGUUAAUUAUUCCAUUGCAUAUAGCUAAAUAUUCGCCUUUGUGGGGGAAGUUGUGUUUAUCUUAUACGGAUAUACACACUUCUGUGGCGGAUUUUUACAUCCCCACUAGGGCGAAAUGUUGUAUAACCUACUUGUAGGGGAAAACAUUGUACUUUGAAUUUAUAAUGUGUUAUGUAAUUGAUAUAAGUUGUUCUAUGAAUAUUAUUAAAUGUCACCUAGGGUGGCCAUUUUCAAUGUCUAUAUGUAUUGUGUUAUUUUUAAGUUUGAGGAACAUAAAAGGCAGCUAAUUAAUUAGCUUAAUUUAUGCUUGCGAGAACUUAAGAAUAAUUUCGUUUGAAAAGUUAAAUAUUGAAUUUCGAUUUUAAAUAUUUGCCUGAUGUCAGUCCGUAUGUAAUUUUGUUGAGUUGCGAUAAGUAAUGGGUAAGCAUGAGAAUAGUGGUACUAUGUAAGGGGUAAGCAUCUUUAACUGGGUAAGCAUGAGAAUAGUGGCACUAUGUAAGGGGUAAGCAUCUUUAACUUUGUUAGUGUUUGUAAACAAAGAGGUAUAUAUUUCUGGACAAUUUGAUUGGUUGAAAUUCUAAGUUAAAUAUAAAAAAAUCAUCUUGCGCAUGCGCACUGCAUAUCAAGAAAAGAAAAUCCUUUGUUCGCGCCAGUUCUUUUUCGUUAUUCUUAGUGCUUUCUAGAUAAUUUUGAAUUACCCACCCACUUUCCAACCCCAUUACUUAGAACUUACAUUGUACAUUGUUAUGUACGUGUUUAGAAUUUAUUUUACUUGUUUAGAUGUUACUGGCGGAUUUUUACAUCCCCACUAGGGCGAAAUGUUGUAUAACCUACUUGUAGGGGAAAACAUUGUACUUUGAAUUUAUAAUGUGUUAUGUAAUUGAUAUAAGUUGUUCUAUGAAUAUUAUUAAAUGUCACCUAGGGUGGCCAUUUUCAAUGUC